AUGGUUGUCACAGAUGGACUUGCUAGCGAAUAUUUACAUUUGGUACUUGAAGAUGGUGAUAAUUGGAGAACACCAUUACAAAAAGUUUUCAACGAGAAACUUGGUGUUAAUUGGUGUUUUCUAGUUAUGGAACUGCAAUCGAGUACCAUUCACUUCCAUACAUUGCAUGCACAAACGAAACCAAUCAAAAAUUAUGCCGAAUCUAUCAUUUUAUGGUUAACUGAACUGAAGCAAAUAUCAACACCGCAAAUAUUACCAAAACCGAAAACAAACAAAAAAAUUGUAAAGAAAUCAUUGGUGGACAAAAGCAUUAUUGAUACAGAAGUUAAUGGAAAAGCAACUGCAAUGAAGACGAUCAAAAAUAGUAACGGACAAAAAAUUGUUCGUAAAAAACCUGCUGCAGCAAUACCAACAACAGUACCAUCAACAACACAUCCAGUUACAGAUGAAGAUACGAAAACCGGAAAUGAUAAUUCUGUUAACAAUAAGAAAACGGUAAUUUCGAGAGGACGAAAUUCAUUAAUAAACAAUAUGAAUGGUAAAAAUUAUGUAAAUGGUGAUGGUUCUGCUGAUUCAGGAAUUUCACUUGUUGAUUCAGAUACAGAAAAAUCAUCAAAAUAUGCAAAAGGGAAUGAAUUGGCUAAACAGGAAUCAAUGAUGAAACAAACCGAAUCAAUGAAUAGUACUGAAUUUGCAACAUCGAUGUCGACAUCUAAAACAAACCUAAAAACAACUAAUAAUGAUGACAUUAGUAAUUCCGAUAGCGCUACUGUUAGCAUUACAUCUGUCAUAGGCAACACACCGAUAUAUCACAACGAUCUGCCACCAUCAUUCACAAAAUGUCUCAAUAACAAAUAUGAAAUGAAUAAAAAAGUGGGAAAAAUCGUGGAAGAAGAGGAGAAAGAAAGAUCAGAAGAUUGGGACAGAUAUGAUGGUGCCAAAUUAACUAAUGGUCAUAGUAUGCCAAAUCGUUGUUCCAUAAAUGGACGAGAUUCGUUGAUUCCAAUGAGACGUUCUGUGCCAACACACAUCAGUUCAACAUUUCCGAGAAGUCUCUUGUCUAAUGAUCCCGAUAGUCUACAGAGGCUUCCUUCCAGGGAUGAUAUUUCAUUAAUACGAAGGUUUGCUGAUGAAGAAAUGCCAUCAGUACAAGUACUUCAGUUGGUUCUUAAAAAAUUUUCUUACAAAGAGUUAGGCGAAUUGAGACAAGUUCAUCCACAUUGGGAUGAACUAUGUGGACAAGCAUUAAAUAGUGGUUAUCAUGAGCUAAUUAAAAAAGCGGAUAAAUUAUUAACGGAUUGUCAACGACGUGUACAUUCCGAACCCGAUCUCCAUGACGUACUGUCCACUUUGACUAGUGUACAAGUGCACAUUCUGAAUCCUGUCGAUAUAUUACGUCCAGCUAUGGAUGAAGGUGUUUGUUGCUUUCCAUACGGUGAAUUACUCGACCAAACCUUUAAUAUUGUGGAGAAAGCAAAAGAAAUGAUGGAAGGUAAACAAGAUAUGAUAAUCAACUGGAAGCCAGUAGCUGAACUGGCAAGGCGUGCGCAACUACAUUACAAAUUCAAUUUGGCAGCAUUAAUGGAGGAGAAACUGGGUGAAGUGAUCAGAUUGAAGGCCUUGCAAUCCAUUCAGAGAAUAGACAGUUUUAUGAUCGAUUCAACCGUUAAUAAACUUGAAAAGGCAACGAAUAUGGCACGAGAUGAAUUGGAGUGGGAAAUUGAACAAUUAAGGCACCAAAAUGCUCAACUGAAAAAGGAUAAUCGUGAAUUGAAAAAAGACUGCAUGAGAUUAGAAGCAAGAGUGGAAAUCAUUGAAAAUAAAUUCAAAACAAUGGCUCGAUUGUUGCAGUAG